CUAAUUUGAACAACAUGGCAAUGAUUUUUUUUAUAAAUGAAAAAUGGCGUUUGUGUUGAACUGAAUGGUUUGUGAUAUAAACACACUUGUCACAUAUAAAUUUUUAAUACUUUCUGAAUUGAUUUGGAUUUUAUUCAAAGUAUCGUUAGGUGGCAACAACAAAGUUAAUUGUAUUGUAGCAUUAGAGUGUGAUAAUAUAAAGAGGACUAAUGAAUUUGUUGACCGAUGUCUGCCGUGGCUCCCACUAUCCCCGGGGCUGACCCAGCAAAGGACAUACAAAAGCGCCGUGCCGGCAGUAUUGGAUCAGAUGAAGACGACGCAAGUGGCGGAAAAUAUACAAGGAUGGAGGAGGAUAAUAUUCAAGAUAAGGAACGCUUUGCAAGCCGAGAAAAUCAUUGUGAAAUUGAACGUCGCAGAAGAAACAAGAUGACAGCGUAUAUUACGGAACUUUCUGAUAUGGUUCCUACGUGUUCAGCGCUUGCUCGCAAGCCAGAUAAACUGACUAUAUUGCGUAUGGCAGUAGCACAUAUGAAAGCUUUGAGAGGUACGGGUAACACCUCAACAGACGGCACAUACAAACCCUCAUUUUUAACAGAUCAAGAAUUAAAGCAUUUGAUUCUCGAGGCUGCUGAUGGAUUUUUAUUUGUUGUGAGUUGUGAUACUGGUCGUAUAAUUUAUGUCAGCGACAGUAUAGCACCAGUUUUAAAUUACUCACAGGGCGACUGGUAUUCUUCAUGUUUGUAUGAUCAAGUUCAUCCAGACGAUGUUGAAAAAGUUAGAGAACAAUUAAGCACUCAAGAACCGCAGAACACAGGCAGAAUACUAGAUUUAAAAACUGGCACUGUUAAAAAAGAAGGGCACCAAUCGUCCAUGCGUCAAGUGAUGGGCUCGCGUCGUGGGUUCAUAUGCCGCAUGCGCGUCGGUGGGUCGUCGGAGGGCGCGCACCUAGGCCGGCUGCGCGCUCGCAACUCGUUGGGACCGUCGCACGAUGGCCACAAUUACGCUGUUGUGCAUUGCACCGGAUACAUAAAAAAUUGGCCCCCUACAGAUCUGUUUCCAGGAAUGCAGAUGGAUCGUCCGGUGGAUGAUGAAUUACACGCGUCUCACUGUUGUCUUGUGGCCAUCGGCCGGUUACAGGUAACGUCGACGCCGAACACGACGGAGGGUAGCCUAUGUAGCAGCGGCGUGGAGUUCGUGUCGCGACACUCUGUAGACGGUCGCUUCACGUUCGCCGAUCAACGCGCUACCCAAGUGGUGGGAUACGCCCCCGCCGAUCUGCUGGGCAAGCUCUGCUACGAGUUCUACCACCCCGAAGAUCAGCAGCAUAUGAGGGAUAACUUUGAUCAAGUUCUUAAAUUAAAGGGGCAGAUCAUAUCUCUGAUGUACAGAUUUCGUGCGAAAAGCAGAGAAUUUAUAUGGUUAAGGACUUCCGCGUUUGCCUUUUUAAACCCUUACAACGAUGAUGUAGAAUAUAUUGUCUGUACAAAUACUUUGGCUAAUCGGUCAUUAGGAAGCACGACAGGUGAACCUCCCGCUGAAGAGGGCUAUGAUUAUCAUUUGCGUCACCGUGACGUUUAUCAAGCGGCUCAACCGCAAGCAAUACACCAACAACAUCACGCACCCCCAGGUAUCGCAUGUGUUGCGGCAGGCGGCGGGGGAGGAGGCGCGGGCGGCGGUGGCGGUGUGGGCGCGCGGUCCCCGGGCGAGGCGGGCGCAGUGGGCGCGCCUCCCUACGCACCGCACUACGCGCCCGACUACUCCCCGCACCGACCCACCACCACGCCGCCCCACACUACCUGGACCACACUGCGGACCGUGAGUAUAGCGAGCUACACUGCAUGUGCGAGUUCCCCGGGCGAGGCGGGCGCAGUUGGCGCGCCGCCCUACGCACCGCACUACGCGCCUGACUACUCCCCGCACCGGCCUACCACCACGCCGCCCCACACCACCUGGACUACGCUGCGGACCGUGAGUUUCGCGAGCUACACUGCAUGUGCGAGUUCCCCGGGCGAGGCGGGCGCUUCGCCCUACGCACCGCACUACGCGCCCGACUACUCCCCGCACCGGCCCACCACCACGCCGCCCCACACCACCUGGACCACGCUGCGCACCAGCGGAGGCGGAGGCAGUGGCGAGACUUACGCGUACAGCGGCGAGACGGGCGGCGGCGCCGGCGCGGCGGAGGGCAGCCCGGCGCGCUCCCCGCCUGCGCCCGCCUACCUGCCUCCCGCGCACUACCACCACAACCACCACCCGCACCCCGCACACCCCACGCACCCGCCGCACGGCAUGUGGUCAUGGCAGGGCAGCGCGGCGGGGGCGGGCGGCGCACCCGCGCCCGACGGCACGCACGCGCCGCACGAGCUCUCCGACAUGCUCCAAAUACUGGACCAAGGCGGCGCCACCACCUUCGAGGACCUCAACAUUAACAUGUUCAACUCGAACUUUGAAUAACCUACCCACAUUCUCUAGCGUCUUUCCUCGUUUCGGCCCUCUGAUGGCAGCAUAAAGGUAUAAGAAUAGAGUAGGGGAGAUAUAGACUCUACUACAAGUGGAAGUGUCCCUCUAAUAGAAAGAGAAAGAAGAUGAGAGACCGCAAGCUUUCUCUCUCUAAUCGCGCAUGCGCUUUGGCAACCAUAAGCAUCUUAAUAUUUCGAUGUGAUGCCAUUGGAUGCCAUGCGUCACAAGAGAGAGAGAUAGGUAGCGGUCUCUCAUCUUCUUUCUCUUUCUACUAGACGGACACUUAUAUAGCCGCCUUCCCCACUGUAUUGUUAUACCUCUAUAGAUGGUAGCGCCGGCGGGCAAAAACAACGCAAUAUUUAAAAAAAACGUCGAUUCGACCUACAAUAAAAAUUUAAAAAUGUUAGAUCUAUGUUGAAUUGGUGGAUGAUCGAAGGAAAACUUUAAGCUGAUGAGAGGCAGGGAAGCUGUGAAGAUCAAAAGCUGCCUCGUGGUUUGUCAAUGUACUUCAUUAAUAACCAAGUGAUUGUUACUGUUCCUUUAUUGCUUUUAGAUUGUGGGUUGAAUCGACGAAGAAAAAAGUCUAGUUUUAAAUAGAUCGUUGUUUCGGCCCGCGGGCCAACCAGCGCCGGGCCAUAACGACGAAAGACCCAUUCUGUAUAAAAAUAAUAAUUCCAUAAAUAUAAUAAAAAUAAAAAUGACUGCUACACUCUCUUUCGUUGACGACUAUGUGACGUGGAAGUUUCGUGUGCUGCGUGCGCUGGCGUUCGAUUAGAUUUAUUUGACAUUGCGUAUGUGUACUUUCUAUUAUUAUAGAUUGGGAUGUUUUUAGUAUGGACCUUUAAGGUAUGAACUGUGAAGAGUUUUUAUCAGCCCAACUACAGAUAUACUGGCAGCUCGGGUCGUGGUCCACCUAGUUAGACCAUGAUCUUUUUUUUCUUUUUCGUAGUCCACCCUCAAUGAUAGGCAGCCUGAAAUGAUAAUUUGUAAUUCGCAUUGUUCACCUAAGUAUAUAUUAAUUCUAGCUGCCCCAGCGAACUUCGUACCGCCAUAAAAAAAAAUAGGGGUUGUUGGUAGAAGAGUGAAAAUUUAGGGUUGUAUGUAUUCUUGUAUGAUGUAUCAUAAAAAAAUUAAAACAAAAAUAAUUGUCCAAUAAAAAAAUUGUUAAGGGUGGUUCCAUCCUUAACAUUUUUGGAUUUAGGGGGAUGAAAAAUAGAUUGUUGUCCGAUUCUCAGACCUACUGAAUAUGCAUAUAAAAUUAUACGAAAAUCGGUCGCAAUUACGCACACCGUGACACGAGAAUUUUAUAUAUUAGAUGUGUAUAAUUAGUAGUGCUAUUCUUUAAUUUAAACCAAGAAUAUAAUUAUUUUUCUUUUGUCAAGCAAGCUAAAUGAACGACUUAUUGGAAACUAAGAAUAUAGGUUUUUCUUGUGUUGCAUUAGAAAAAAUACGUUAAUUUCAAUAUAUUUUACCUAAUGUAUCCUCGACGGAAAUUUCGUUGUUCACUAAGUUUCAAUUUUUUCUGCAUUUUAUUUGUUAUUGAAAAGUUUAUUCAUUUCGAUUACAUAUAGCGAUCAUUUUAAAGUGAAUUUAUGGGCAAGCAAACGUACCUGUUGUCACCUAGGUAGUCUGAGAUGCAUUACAAGUAAAAUAAUGCCCGUCGUAUUUUAAUUUUAAAUGGCUAAAUGGAAAUACUAGGCGGACUACGACUCGAGCCCAUGUUCUCUCGAGCGUGUCGCGCUUGAGAGAUGUUUAGUUUUUAUUACCAGAUGGCGAAUUUAAAUAAGAAUACGAAAUAGAAAAAUCUCUAUCUUUUAAUUGUUUAAGUUCAAUACAUAUUCAGUAUUAGUUAAGCAAGCUUAUGAAUAUAGCAAAUGAAAUAUGUAUUCAAUUUAUUUUCGUUAUUUAGGGUCGAUUUUUUUUAUUUUGAUAAUGGUACUGGGAAGCUGCCAACUUAUUGACAUGUUUGUUACAAAUAAAAAAAUAAUUCUAAUACUAUCAAUUGUACAUAAAUAUGUUAUUUUAUAUUACAAUGAAGUAUUUAAAGCAAACCAAUUUAAGAUUAAACAUAUUGAUUGUAACUUUUUUAACAGUCUGUAUUGGCAUAAGUAAAUAUAAAAUUAAUAAAACCAUAAUGAACAAAAUACAAUCGAAACAAAAGAACAUGAAUCCUCAAUGUUUUCUAUUCAAAAAUCAAAAUAUGCAAGAAUAUUUUAUUUUUUGCGAAAUGUUAGUACCAAAUCGUUUUGAGUCUUUUAGGAUAUUUUUGUGCAUAAGUUCAAUUAGUUAAAAAGGUUUAUCACUUUCUAAUAUAAAGUCAUGUAUAAAAUCUGGGUCAGUUACAAAAAAAAACGAUAUUUUUUUAAUAUAAUUUUGUUUUGUGUAAAUUAAAAUUACUAAUUAACAACAAUUAUCGAUUUAUCAAUCGGGUUUAAGCCCCUAUAACAGGUUUACAAUUUAAUAGCGAUUGGUGGUCUGUACUAUUUUAAAAAGUACAGUUAGCCUAAACUUGGUGGCGAGUCACAAUAGAUGUUAUAGGUCGCUACAGUCAGUAUAAGUGGCUACAGUCCCAUUAGGACUGCAUAUCCCCAAAAAUCAAAAAUAGUAAUAAUAGCAUAAACCUAAGCUCAGCAUAUUAGAAAGUGACAGAUCUAUUAAUCUGACAUUUUUUGUUCUCAACAUCUAAUUUUAAUCAUUUUUAUUUCGUAGAUUAUAUUUUUACUUAGAUAUAUUUUAAUGUAAUACAUUUCCGAAUAGUUUUCCUUUUUUGUGUAUUAUGUUUUAUCAUAGAUAUUAUAUCAGAAUUUUGUAAAAUGAAUUUUUCAUUAAACCUAAAGUACCUAAAAUACACUAUUUGAUUUUUAACCACUUUACACGGCACCUCCACAACACUACUCGCGAAGUUCCAGAGGUUGAGCCACAGACAACUAGAUACUACGUACAUACUGCAGAAAUAAUUUCUCUGUACGUAGUAUGUAAGUAGUCUGUGGCAGAACUUCGGUUAAUUUCGCGAGUAGUUUAGUGGAGGUUUUAGAACCAAGACUCUAAGACUGUUCGACUUAUCCUUUCUGAAAAAGCAAUAGUAAGCAAAAUGUCCGGUCUUCUUACAAAUGUUGCACAUUUUGUCCUGCGCUGGGCAUUUAUAUGUAUGUAUCUGGCCACAUCUUGUACAAUUUCUUGUGCUUGACUUACUCCUAGUCCGUGUCGACUGGUUACAGUUGUUCUGUCUUUGAUUUGAUCUUGAGCGAUCUGGUAUUUUCGAUCUUGACCUUGACUUGUAUCUCUGUGGUUGCUCUUUAACUCCCUGCACCAUUUCGUUUUUUGUAUCCUGUCUCAUCAAUUUGCUAGAACGUUCCUGAGAUAGCUCGAGGCUUUUAGCAAUCUUCAUAGUGGAUUCAACGGUCAGGCCUUCCUCUUGUAGUAAUCUUUCUUUAAUAUAUGUAUUUUUCAUACCUAUGAUGAGCAUGUCCUUUAUCAACGAUUGUUUUAAAUUUCCAAAGUCACAUGUGGUUGCUAAAUUAUUAAUAAUUGUUAAAUAUUCAUCCAGGGAUUCGUCAGGUUUUUGCAUUCUAGUAA